AUGGAUGGAUAUGGGUAUCACGGUGGCGGCGCAUCUGCGUCGCCAUCGCUGACCGUGGUGCCAGCGCCGGCUGAGGCGAGGGACGUGGGCGACAUGCACAUCUGCGACCCCUCGGCGGUUGCGACUGGCCUGGCGCAUCGACAGACGACACCUGUCGAGGAAGUCGAUGACAUUUUCCGUGUGCCGGGCGAACGACAGGCUGAUGUAUCGCAGCCAGAAGGACCGAUGACCAUUCUACAAGAACCGGCUGUUACGUCGGACGAGGUUGCGCAAGAAGCAGUGGGCCGUCCCGCAUCCGACACGGGCCGUAUAAUAGACGGCGAGGUCAAGCUGGACGAGCAAGACACAAUCAACAAGCUUCAAACAAGCCCAAUCACUACUGGAAGCGUAACUGCCGAGAACACGGAGGCAAAGGCACCAGUGCCACAAAUCCCCGUCAGCAGUGACAGUGCCGGCGUGGACGAGGCAGACGACCAGCCCAAACAGCCCGAUGCUGCAUCGGAUAUCAAGCACAACUACGACCAAGUCGAUGGCCAUCGAAUCCUGCGCCUCCAACCCACCAAAGAACAGUGGGAUGAUUUCCCCGCCGUGUUGGCUUAUGCCAAAAGCCUUGGUGCUGAGGGAGACGGCUGCUUCAAGGUCAUUAUACCGGAAGCGCUGCAGGAGGAGCUGCCAGAGAAACCAGCCCAGAAUUUGCUGGCCAAUGCCUACAAGGUCAAGCUGAUAAGGCGGACGUCAUUCUGGCAAGUCAGCACCGUGCCUUCGGAAGGCGUAUUCGCAUCUUCAUCCAUGUCCGACGCAGGAUUUUCCGAGCCUGUCGACGCACUUCUGAAGAACCUCAAGCAUCUCUUCCGGAAGCAGCAAAACAGACAAUUGCGCAACAUCAGAUACAGAGUCGACGUACCCGCCUGGACCAAGACCCAAAGGCGCCUUGCAGGUGUUCCCGAGAAGAGCCCAAUCUACCCACUAAAGGGCGACAAACUCGACAAUACAAAGGCCGUCAUUCCCGGCAUCCACACCCCGUAUGUGUACGAAUCCGCCUCGGCCUUUGGCGCAACAUUCCAAAUCCACGCCGAGGAUUUCCGCCUCGCAUCACUGAACCACCUCUACAAGGGCCGAAAAAUCUGGAUCGUCAUUCCCACCACAAAAGUCGAUGUUGCAGAAAGGGCAUUGGGCCGUGGCCUGGGCUGUUCGCAGUUUAUGCGCCACCGCGCCGAGUUCUUCUUCCCCGACAAGCUGCAAAAGCUGGGCAUACCAUACAGGAUCGUGGACCAGCGGCCGGGCGAAACAAUCGUCAUUCUGCCCGACGCCUACCACGAAGGCUUCAGCUGCGGGUACACCAUUGCCGAAGCCAAGAACUACGCUGAUCCCGCAUGGACCACCGACUCCUACCAGCCGUGCCAGGCGAGCUGUAGGCUGGCCACGGCCAUCCCUGCUGCCUUCAUGAGACCUCUUGGGGAGGGCGAGCAACGACUGGAUCUCUGUGCUGCCUAUGGCGACGGAGUAUCAGUACCUGUUGUUGACGUGUCUAAGAAACGGGAACAGGGAGAAAUAGAUGGCCUGGGGCCACUGUCAGAGGGGCCUGAAGCGCAUGCGCCGAAACGAAUCAAGAUGUGUGAAUAG